AUGGGGACGGCGGAGGAGGACUAUAACUUUGUCUUUAAGGUGGUCCUGAUUGGAGAGUCCGGCGUGGGGAAGACCAAUCUGCUCUCGCGCUUCACCCGCAAUGAAUUCAACCACGACAGCCGCACCACCAUCGGCGUGGAGUUCUCCACCCGCACCGUCAUGGUGGGCAAUGCCAUGGUGAAGGCACAGAUCUGGGACACCGCCGGGCUGGAGCGGUACCGUGCCAUCACCUCAGCGUAUUACAGGGGAGCAGUGGGCGCCCUCCUGGUUUUCGACAUCACCAAGCACCAGACCUACAACGUGGUGGAGCGCUGGCUGAAGGAGCUGUACGACCACGCCGAGGCCACCAUCAUCGUCAUGCUGGUGGGCAACAAGACGGACUUAGCCCAGGCCCGCGAGGUGCCGACCGAGGAGGCCAAGAUGUUUGCAGAAAACAACGGGCUGCUGUUCAUCGAGACGUCUGCGCUGGACUCCACGAACGUCGAGCAGGCCUUCGAGACCAUACUGAGAGACAUUUUCAGCAAAGUGCAGAAGCAGCAGCAGAGAAGCCCCCAGGACAACAAGGUGUCGCUCUCCAGCGAGAACCCCCACGGCGCCUCCCAGACCCCGGAGGAGAAGCGAGCGUGCUGCGUGAGCCUCUGA